AGCGCCAGGAGUAUGACACGUCAACGCGCGCGCGCUCGCUCGUCCGUUCCCGUGUCAAUAACGAGAAGUUUGCGACGGGAGCCAACACUUCUCGCGAGCGCGAUUCAUCGUUCGCUUCGGACAUGGCGGCAUCGGCGGUUCCGUCGAUACGAGCUUGACGAAAUCAGUAUCGUCGUCGAGACUAUCCAUCAUCCCCGUCGCCUUGCCGCCGCCGUUUCCCUGGAACGACGCGAAUCAACGUGGAUGAGGCGAACUCGAUCGCGGAGUUGCUCGUUUGAGAAUGUCGUCGCGUCGACUACCAAAUUAACCUGCUCAUCUGCUGGCCUCUUGCCCACUCGCACGCCUCUCUGCUGAUCACUCGAUAAAUUUGCACCGUGGCAAUGAUGAACACCGACGAGAUUCUGCGUAGAGUCUUCGGUACGGGCCCCAUCAUCGAGCACGUCACCGGGGCUAGAUCCAAGGAGGAUCAUCUUGCAACGACCAGGUCAUCGCACAGUCUCAUUCGGGUGAAUGAUUAUAUCAGAAAAUCUCUGCUAAAUUAUAUCGACACCGGGAAUUCCGAGGAUAACAGAGAAGGUCGUAUAGGCCCUAAUGUCGUUAGAUUCGAUAUAUCAAUGCACCAUGGUCUCUGCAUCGUCUCUCCCGAUCGGCUGAGCGUUAAUUCGCAAAGUAGCUUCAGCACAAUGCGAGCCAACACUGCAGUCUUUAAAGGAAAGUGGAUGUAUGAAGUACAACUUGGAUCCAAGGGGGUGAUGCAAGUGGGUUGGGGGACUGCUCAAUGCAAAUUUAAUCAGCAAUUUGGUGUUGGUGAUACUGCCAAUUCAUACGCUUAUGACGGAAAUCGCAUGAGAAAGUGGAACGUAACGACGCACAAGUACGGCGAGUCUUGGUUAACAGGUGAUAUCAUUGGCUGUGCGUUGGACAUGGACGAUGGGACGAUAGAUUUCUAUAGGAACGGUAGAAGUCUGGGCAGAGCGUUCGAGAACGUACCGAUAGGCGCCGGGAUCGCAUACUUUCCCACUGUCAGUUUGGCCUUCACCGAGAACCUAACAGCCAACUUUGGCUCUAUACCCUUCAGAUAUCCUGUGAAAGGUUACCAACCACUACAGGCACCACCGACGGCACAAGUUUUGCAGGCUACUCUCCUCUUUCAAUGGUUGUCUCAAAUGAUCGAACUGUUGGAACAACUAAAGAACAAGCAGCAUGACAAACAGAAUAUUCCGAUGGAGGACAAAAUGAUGAGUGCUCAGGCAUUUCUUAUGUGUCUAGCGAGGUCUAUCUUGAAGCACAUCGGGCCGCUACUCACUGUUCCCUACAUCACGGAAGCGGUCUUUGUGCCGUUUAUGCAGGCGUUGUGCAAUCUAAACACUGACUAUAUGGUAACAACGAAGUCGUUAUAUUCCAAUUUCCACAGCGCCAAGCCGAUUAUCUGUCUGGAUCUGCUGUGGACGUUUUUGGAGGAGCAGGAGAUCAAGAUGUGUUUGGAGAGCACGGUUCUUCAUUUACUUUCCACAUUCAGGCAUGUUUCUCUACUGCUCGAGUAUCCCGAUCAGUGCAAGAGCUUGAUGCUGUUGACUCGAAUCUGUCAGCACACCGUCACACGUCAACACUUGUUGCAAUAUUUACUGUUCGAUCGUGUGCGAUUCGCCAAUUUCGUACACGUAAAGCCAUUGGAUGAGGGCGGACUAGCGGACGUAGUAGGCAAGGUCUGGUGGAAGACGAAUCCCGUCGAUCCGACUAUCGAGGCUAAUAAGGGCGAUUAUCUUUACGCUUGCGAGCGCAUCAAAGCUGCCAUAUCUGAGGUAGAAGCGUUACAAGUCGAAUUACUAGUCACUCUACUGAAUAAUACUGACGGCACGGCGAAACAGCCGGCCUCGAGAACUAUCUUUUUAAGAAAAUUCAAACGCUUCAUUAAUGAGAACCUGAUAUCCAGUCGCACACCCUUGCCGAUCACAUUAUGUUGCUUUCACCGACUUCUGGUUGCAUUCAGAAUUUUAUGGGACACUGAAAUUGGAACAAGCCCUGUCUAUAUACCCUGCAGGGCGUUCUACGAUGCAUCGAUCAAUUACACUGGAAUCGACAGACUCGGUGGCGUAAUAACCCACUUAAACAAGACAUUCAAGAACGAAUUGCUACGCCUCCUAGGUCCAGAUCAUGAGGUAAUCGUUGCCAUGGAACAGAUGGCUACGGCGCACGAACAAGCGUCGAGCGCAUAUACGACCGCAGCCGCCGCUGCCGUCGGCGCGGCCGCGAGACUGGCUGACCUGCCCGUGGCGAUACCUGCCGCAUAUCCUCGUCUAAUUAACAUCAACCCGCCGAGCCAAGGUAGUUCUAUGAUACUGGAAAGAUUGGGAUUCUUUCCGCAUAUUAGAGAAGAUAGGACUCCAAUACGUUACGGUCCUGCAGAUCCGGCAAUAUCGUUGAUGGAAUUAUUAGACGGUAUUAUCUUGUUCUACCAUGUAGCGGCGAAGAAGCAGCUGGCCAAAGUGGCCAGUCUGCGGGACAAUAUGUCCGAGUACAUAAACGCGAUCGCCGACACCAAGGCGAGGCUUGAGCUCGUGAAAAAGGGGACGACGAAAGACCCGGACGUGGCCGCGACGCAGCGAGAGUUACUACGCACGAUAGGUGUAUUCAACACGAAGUUAUCAGAACAAGCGAGGCAUAUGGCAUGGAUACGCGCGGUUGUAUAUUCAGAGGAGAAGCAGGCGCAACUGGCGUGGCUGCUGCGAGUGGUCACGCUGACCCUGCAGACAGCUAGCCAGCAGGGCAACAUGUUCAGCUUCGUGCCCGAUUUCUACCUGGAGGUGUUGGCCAAUCUGUGCGUCGCCCUCCGUAAUCACGUGCAUCCCACCACGCCGAUUGAGAACAUACAAGACUACCGGGAGAUGCUGCUGAACGCCGCCGAGUUUCUGUGCGAUCACUUCUUGGAUCCGCGAAUAGUGCAUGCCAAUUCGAAAGACAUGCUGAUACUGACGCUCGCCGGAUUCGUAUCCAAUCCGUUGACGUUGGAGGCGUUGGAGAACGUGCCGCGCGACAGUAGGAUUAAGGUUGUCACGAACCUGCUGAAGCCCUACGAGAAUCGUGCCUGGGCGCAGUCCAAUUGGGUAUUGGUCAGAUUUUGGCAAGGUAACGGCUUCGCCUUUCGUUACGAGAAGAGUCCGCAUCUGUCGAAGAAGGUCGGCCCGAAGUUGUUGCAGCAAGAAUCCAUUUCGCAGCCUAUAAAACCAUGCCCGUCUGCAGUGUACCAAGCGCACGUGAGAGAUGUACUGUUGGAAAAUCCGCAAGCGACCACGCAGUUCUUAAACUCCCUGUUGAAUCAAUUGAACUGGGCGUUCUCCGAGUUUAUCGGAAUGGUGCAGGAAAUCCACAACGUGUCGUCGAGACCGGAGCGAGUAUUCAUCGAAUCGAGACAGUUGAAGAUUUGUGCAACUUGCUUCGAUCUAGCGAUCUCGUUGCUCCGAGUGCUGGAGAUGAUCUCCACGGUGGCACCGAGUGUUUUCAACGAUCCUGCGCAGUCUUCCAGUGAGACCUUGUUGACCAGAUUAUGUCAGUUACUUUGCCAAGUGUUGAACAGAAUGAGCUCGCAGACGAGCUGUUUCCAACACGUAGUGCUAUUAGAAAUACCGGAUCUAGAGUCGGUAGACCAUUUUCCCAUAUUAGCCGCUGUUAUCGGUAUCUUGCUGGCAUUACUCGAGAAGGAGAUGUCCACUUUCGCAGCAAAACCGUCAGUCGAAGUGCCGAAAAUUACGCGAUGCUUACUGACAGAGCCCAGCUUCCAGAUCAGUUCUUUGUACUUUGUUCUGGGCGACACGAAACUGAAAAACACAAAAGCGAAAAACGUGAAACCGUUCUCGCUCUCGAACUAUGAAGAAGACGUAACAGUGGGAGAAAUUGAUCGAGUGAAAAAGAUGAUAAAUUAUCUCGACACGUGUCGUACGCUGUUACCAGAAGCCAAAAUGAUAAGCGACGACGAUGAUACUUGCACGAUUUGUUACGCGUUCCCAAUCGCUGCGACCUUCAAACCGUGCAAUCAUCAAACGUGUCGCACUUGCAUAGAUCGUCAUCUGCUUAACGCCAGAGAGUGCUUCUUUUGCAAAGCGACCAUAGACAAAGUCGAGGAUUUAAGCGGGAACUUAUUGCACGAUUUUACCGAUGAAUUCUCGACCUCGAAAGCGACUUCUUGAUCCAGCGACACGUGUAUCUCAAAGGUCGUGUAUACUGUAUUGAAACUCUGUUAAAAUUCCGCAAUAUUCUCAAUGCAUCGUGCACUGAGUACCGAACAAAAUUGACGUAUAAUUUUAGUCGUAUGACGAUAAGAGAUAUUUCCUUCCUCUGUAAAGAUUAGGAUAAAUUGAGAGCGGCAGCAAAUUGUUGUAAAAAGAGUAUCAAAGGAAGCUUUAUUUAUAUCCACAAAUGCAGCAUAUCGAUUACUAUUGAGCACACUUCGAUAGAAGGACAUCCAUCUUCGUCCUUAUAUUAUUACUUAAAAAUUCGCGUACGAGUCGAUCGGUAAAAAAAAGAAAAACUUACUAAUAAAAAUGUAUAUACAUCA